AUGGCGCUCAACGAGAUCAGCAUUGAAGAUAUCCAGAAAAUUGAACCCAAAGGACAAGAUGAGGGAAAGGCAUUGCGGGGCCUCCCAACACUAGCACGCUGGUACAUCGACACUCGCGAAUGGGACACCAAAGGCCUGGACCUCCCGCUCCUAGAAACAUUACGCCCCCACGAACAAGAGGCCGUAAAGCGAUUCUACCACACCGCAGACAAACGCAUGUCCUUAGCCUCACACCUCCUGAAAUACUUCUAUAUUCACCAUGUCUACGGCAUCCCAUGGAAGACCAUCAUUCUCAGCCGCACUGAUCCACCCCAGCGCCGCCCAUACUUCAAAUCCAGCACAGCGAACAAAAUCGAGUUCAACGUCAGCCACCAAGCAUCUCUUACAAUUCUCGCCGGAACCGUCGAGCCAGAUGGUUUGCAGCUCCAGAAGCUAGCAGCUGCACAUAUCCCAGGAGAACGACCCCAGGUCGGCAUCGACAUAACAUGCGUCAACGAGCGCAAACCAAUCACAACAUACGCAGCGCUAAUUGAACACGUCGAUAUUUUCAGUGAAGUAUUCUCAAUGCGCGAACUCGACACAAUGAAAAAACCACAAUUGGUCCUAUCCCAAGCUCAGAAACUGGGCUAUGCCCGGAACUUCUCAUUUCAUCGUGAAGACGACGUUGUCCGCUUCGGGCUUCGUCUCUUUUACUCAUACUGGGCUCUUAAGGAAGCAUACGUCAAAAUGACUGGCGAAGCUCUACUAGCGCCCUGGCUGCGCGAACUCGAGUUCACGAAUGUGAUUCCUCCGGAUCCUGUUGAGCCAUUGCUCGCAUCCAAAUCGUGUUCUACUCCUGGUCAGAAGAUUCCGCAGUCGCCGAAGAACUGGGGCGCGCCGUAUACGGAUGUUGUGGUUUCCAAGGGUCUUGAAAUACUCAAGAGUGUGCGGGUUGAGCUGGUUGCAUUUGAGUCGGACUACAUUGUUGCUACUGCGGGGAAUGGGUGCACUGUUGGUGUGAUUCCUCAGGUUGUUCAGGGAGGGAAUCCGAGUCGUCUAGGAGAUGAGAUUCGCGUGCGGUUGUCGGGUGGUGGCGUUGAGUAUCGCCGAAUCCCUAUUAGUUCUAAGAGGUGUCUUGGGGAUAUAGAUCCAUGGAAUCUGCCGAGUGCGCUCGAUGAUCCGUGGCUGCCGAUGCAGGAGGUCGAUAUUGACCUUGAUGUUCGGGCUUGUGCUGAAGGUCGCUGUUCUCAUCCGGCUGAAGGCGCUGAUAUUCUUUCAGCUGUUUCAGCUAUUAAGGAAAGGCGUUAG